GAUGUGAGUUGGGUGUGAAGCGUUAUACUAUAUAAAAUCAUCAUUGCAAACGGAGUUCAACAUCAGUUGUUCGCCAGCAAUCGUGUAAUUAAUAGCUCAACAAUAAAUCCUACAGGAGAUCCAAGAUGCUUAAGAUCAUCGCUCUGGUUGCCUGUUUGGCUGUUGUUGCCUUCGCUCAGUACUACGGAGGAGAUCACGGUCACCACCACGAAGAUUAUCACUCGCACCCCAAAUACAAGUUCGAAUAUGGUGUCAAGGAUAGUCAUACCCACGAUCAUAAGAGUGCCUGGGAGCAUCGCGAUGGAGACCACGUGAAGGGACAGUACACGCUGGAUGAGGCUGAUGGCACCCAUCGCGUUGUCGAUUACAGUUCGGACCACAAGGGAGGAUUCCAGCCUCAUGUUCAACGCAAGGGACACGCUCACCAUCCACAUCAUGGAGAAAGCUACGCGAACAUUGAGCAGCACUAUUGAGCAUUGAGAACUGUGAUGAGUUUUGUGGACCGACUGUAAAUAUAUAGCGCAAUGUGAUCAACUUGAAA